CCAAACAAAAUUAAAAAAAAUUGAUCAUUGCUUUGCUCUUAUUCGCAAGCUGGCUGCUAAAUAAUUCUCUACUGUUUUUGUUUUUCUCUUCUCUCUUUCUCCGUCACUCUCCGAUCUCUGUAUCUUCCACCUAUAUAUAAUAUACAUAUAUAUAUUCCCACACACAGAACACACAGUAGUCACACACACAGAGGUACACGCAAACAGAGUUUCACAUGGAGUCGCUUUCGCCGGCGAUCGGACAGAAAGCGAUUCUACGGUAUACGACUACUUACAGCUAUCACGAUCUCUUUUUAAGUUCCGUUAGGUUAAGAACUGUACGGAAUCCGAACAGAGUUAGCCGGAGAUUGAGAAUUCGAGUGCAAGCUAAAAGCGGAGCCUUCGAAAAUUCUGCCGCCGGCGGCGGCUGCAUCGAUUUCAGUGAUCCUAAUUGGAAGUUAAAGUAUCAGAGAGAAUUUGAGGCUCGUUUUAAUAUUCCUCACAUUACCGAUGUAUUUCCCGACGCCGUUGAGUAUCCUUCCACUUUUUGUCUUAAAAUGAGGACUCCAGUAUCUGAGGAGUUUGCAGAAGGUUACCCUUCAGAUGAAAAAUGGCAUGGUUACAUUAACAAUAAUGAUAGAGUACUUCUUAAAGUAAUUAAUUAUUCCUCCCCAACAUCUGCUGGUGCUGAGUGCAUUGAUCCCAAUUGUUCAUGGGUAGAGCAAUGGGUUCACCGUGCUGGUCCCAGAGAGAAGAUAUAUUUCAAGCCAGAAGAGGUGAAAGCAGCAAUUGUAACUUGUGGUGGACUUUGCCCUGGGCUUAACGAUGUUAUUCGACAUAUAGUUAUCACCCUUGAGAUAUAUGGAGUGAAGAAAAUUGUGGGAAUUCCUUUUGGAUAUCGUGGGUUUUCAGAAAAAGAUUUAGCCGAAAUGCCAUUAUCCAGGAAAGUGGUGCAAAAUAUUCAUCUUUCUGGGGGAAGCUUGCUGGGGGUAUCACGUGGAGGACCUAAAGUUAGUGACAUUGUGGAUAGCAUCCAGGAAAGAGGAAUCAACAUGCUCUUUGUGCUGGGUGGAAAUGGUACACAUGCUGGUGCAAAUGCAAUUCAUGAUGAGUGCCGUAAAAGACGUAUGAAGGUGGCUGUAGUUGGUGUGCCAAAAACUAUAGACAACGAUAUUAUGCUUAUGGAUAAGACAUUUGGUUUUGAUACUGCUGUUGAAGAAGCACAGAGAGCCAUUAAUUCUGCUUAUAUAGAGGCGCACAGUGCAUACCACGGUAUUGGAAUUGUGAAGUUGAUGGGCCGUAGUAGUGGGUUCAUAGCUAUGCAAGCAUCCCUAGCUAGUGGACAAAUAGACAUAUGCUUGAUUCCAGAGGUGCCUUUUAAUCUGCAUGGUCCACAUGGUGUAUUGAGGCAUCUAAAAUAUCUGCUCGAGACAAAGGGAUCAGCUGUGGUCUGUGCAGCAGAGGGAGCUGGACAGGAUUUCCUCGAGAAAACCAAUGCAAAAGAUGCAUCUGGAAAUGCUGUACUUGGAGAUAUUGGAGUUUAUUUGCAACAAGAGAUUAAAAAGUACUUCAAGGAGAUGGGAGAGACAUCUGAUGUGAAAUACAUUGAUCCUACUUACAUGAUCCGUGCAUGCCGUGCAAAUGCUUCAGAUGGAAUUCUGUGCACGGUACUUGGACAAAAUGCUGUUCACGGUGCAUUUGCUGGAUAUAGUGGUAUCACAGUGGGUAUAUGCAAUACUCAUUAUGUCUACUUUCCAAUUCCAGAAGUUAUCUCUAAACCCAGGGUUGUGGAUCCUAACAGCCGCAUGUGGCAUCGUUGCUUGACAUCCACAGGCCAGCCAGAUUUUCUUUAAUCAAGAGACAAUUUAUACUCCAGAUAUCUAUCGCAGUAUAAAAUAGAGAAGCAGGGAGCCAAAUUGAGAAGCUCUAUGGCUUUGCCGGUUCCAUUUAUUUAAGAGAAUAACACAGAAAAUAGGAUUCCCCCAUUUUUUGCUAGGCAUAUAAUUUGAUGCCAGUUCAGAAGGGCAUAUUGAUAAAAGAAGCUUUGUCAGAUAUCAGGAGUAGCAUUUUCACUUGUUCUUCACGUUCUGUAAAGCUUCUCUCAUGGUUAAAGAAAUUCAAUCUCAACCUAGCCCUUAUGUACUACAUUUGAACUUACUCCUGGACCUAUUAAGGUCUACCAUAAGUUAUUGUUAUUCAGUUGGACUUGGAUUCAUUCAUCUGUAAGUCAGCAAAUACCUGUAUUUGUUAACUGACAAUGACUAAUGGAGUCGUUGCUUUCGUUGAA